UUUUUCCGACUCCGAUGGGACAUCAUUCGAAUAGUAGGACUUGUCCUUAACGGUGUCGAAAAGUUUGCAACAGGAUUCGCUGGGGCUGUUCUAUUGAGAAGAUCUACGAGAAGUCAGGAUGAACAAAUUUGUGGUCUUUGCUAGCGUGUUCGGAGUGCUGGUGGCAGUUAGUGCGGUUUUGGGGGCACCAGCUCCCCAGGUUGAUGCCGGCCCAAGAUCUUCGGCGCAAGAUGUGCAAACCGUGCGAUACUACAGUGAAAACAAUGGGCUCGAUGGUUACAAGUUCACAUAUGAACUGAGUGACGGUCAAAUCCGCUCCGAAGUGGGCACGUACAAGGACUCGAAGGAUGCCGAUGGUAACGACGUCAAGGUGCUGUUCGUCCAGGGAUCCUACUCGUUCGUUGGUCCCGAUGGUCAGACCUACUGGGUGAACUACACCGCCGACGAGAACGGAUACCACCCGAAGGUGGGAACUGGCCCAACCGGAGGUAUCCAAGCGGGACAAGAUGCCCCCAUCAACGGUGCGUAAUCCGGAGGGGAGCGAGCCUAAUUGUCGACGCCACAGUCUAGCCUUAGUUGAUUCUAAGUCAAUGCCUACAUACUCCGCUGAGCCACAACAAAUGAGAUAUAGAAUGCGAGAUUUUCCUAUUCGGAUAGGUUAGUUUCAGACACCGUAGGAUCUAGUGUAAAUAUAAUAUGUUCUAGUGUAUACGCGCAACGAGUGUGUUUUCUCUCGUAGCAAUAAAUAAACUGAUGAUCGAGAUGAAGAUGGAGAAAGAAGUCGAAUGAAA